AUAAAAAUAAGUUUUGAUAUUUCGAACACAUUUGUAUUUAAUUAAAAUGUCAAGGCUCCAAAUGGAAGGCAAAGGGAGGAAACUACCAGGGUAUAUCUUGACCUUGCUGGUACUCUUGGCUGUUGUCCAUGGAAGUAGUCGACAACAAACAUUCCACGCCUUAUCGGUGGCCUCUAUGCCUCCUCUCCUUGACCUCGAGGCGAAGUUAAUCGACAACCUAGAAGACUAUGCCAAUGAACUGGAGCAGAAGCUGCAGAUGCUUCGCAGUUACAUUCCAAUUAUGCGGAUGGAGAAUGAAAAGGGUCGACUGGAUACUAUAUCUUACCUGUCUAACCCCCUGAAUAGCCUCUCUCUCAUCCGAAGAUUGCAUCAGGAUUGGUCAAAGUGGCGGAGUUACAUGGCUCAGCCAGUUGGCACUGUCCAAAUGCGAAACAUUGGCGGUUGGCGUAAGGAUCUUCCCCAAAAAGAAGACCUUACGGAUGCCUGUGCUGCCAUUGUGCGCAUACAGAGCACUUACGAUCUCAAAGUUGAAGAUAUUAUCAGGGGCAAACUCGAUGGCAUACAGUACAACUUAAGCAUGAGUUCUGCGGAUAUUUUUGCCGUAGGUCAUCAUCUUGCCAAGGGAAAAGCUGAAGCAGAAGCUGUUCCAUGGUUGCAGGAGGUAACCCAGGAGGUGGGGGUCCCAAAACUACUUGCAGAGUGCCAUCUAAAACUAAAGCACUAUUCUCAGGCUCUGCCUUUGCUGGAAAAUGCCCUGAAGUUGGAGCCCCACAAUGCUGAUCUCCUGCGACUGCGGAACAAAACAAAGAUAUUGAUUGACAUCACCCAUAAUACCACUCUUAGGGAGAAACAUAAGCCUGAAGAUCCUUUGGCAAAGGCAUUUACUUUGGCUUGCAGGGGCUUGGCGAAGGGCUCCACCAGACUCCACUGCUCCUACAACUUUAACACCACUCCAUUUCUUCGACUUGCUCCACUGAGAGUUGAGGAGGUCGGACUGCAUCCUUAUGUGGUCCUCUACCACGAUGUGCUUACGCAAAGGGAAUCGAAUGAGCUAAUCGAACUAGCUCUUUCUAGCUUAAAGGUCAGCGGUGUCAGCGGAUCCGAGGGUUCAGCCUUCAAGCGGAUGAGAACUGUAAAAGCUCGCUGGGUAAGCAAGGAUACGAACGACAUGACCAGGCGAAUUACACGGCGAGUUCGUGAUAUUGUCGGUCUGGAUUUAAUCACUUCAGAAAAGUUUCAGAUCAUCAACUAUGGCAUGGGUGGCCACUAUAACAUGCACAAGGACUUCUUUAACCUAACCAAUAUCGAUAGUACCAAACAAAGCUGGAUCGAAAUAUUGGGAGACCGCAUUGCCACUCUUCUGUUCUAUCUAUCCGAUGUUGAACAGGGUGGGGCCACUGUGUUUCCCAAGUCAGGGUACACCAUCUAUCCUCGAGCUGGCACCGCCCUCUUAUGGUACAACCUUCAUACGGAUGGCAGCGGUGAUCCUUCGACCCUACAUGCCGCCUGCCCUGUAAUUGUGGGCUCCAAGUGGGUUAUGACCGAGUGGAUUCGCGAACUGGCCCAGGUAUUUGUUAGGCCCUGCCUAAAAUCAUCACCUGAGCAAUAAAUUUAAUAAAAGAUCUUUGCUAUUUAUUUUAAA